GAAAUCACUGAAUGUCUACCUGCUGUAAACAGAGAUAUUACAAUUAUUUCACAUCCCACCCUCAUGGUUCCGCAACAAUUUCCACUUGCUGAAAAAAGCACUGUUACAUAUCUGUUACUGGAAACAUUCUGGCAGGACAAAAACGAGAAACUGAGAAAGGAAGUAAGACAGUAAUUCAAGUUUACAGAGAUGUAUAAUAUACCAGUGAGUACAGACCAUGAAACAAUCUAAAUGUUCACAACAAGAUUCCAAGAGGAUGAAGUGGGAUACCACUGGUGAAGAUUGUUGUCCACAAUGUAAAGCGGUAGGCAUAGCUAUUUUUUUAUGCUUUAUGCUCUCACACAGUGUUAGCUAUGUAGCUGAUAAUGCUAGGCCUUUGGGACGUCAUCCAGGCCUCUCUACCUAUUGACCACCCGACACACCUCUACAA